AUGACGGACGUCACAGAGUUCGACGAUCUAUAUGAUGUCAGUGAUGAAGAUAUGCAACCCGCGCUUCGAAGAAUGCCCUCGCGUAAGUCGUCAAUUAGGAGACGCAAUUCGAUCCGCAACGAGGUCCCGAGGCAGUCCGCAGGCGGGGUUCGCAGGGCUUUACCUCCUCUCGUCAUUCCUGCCGGUCGAAAUGCAUCCACCGAAGAUUGGUCUGCGGGCCUCAAGAAAGCUCUCGCAUCCCCAGUGCCGCCCACGCCGCCGACCCGAGUCGAGAUGUCUCCUGCCGUGGUGUCUUUCAUGCAGGCUCAGCAGUCGCAAGAGGUCCCCACCAUCUCUGCACCGCCGUCACUAGAUGGAAGUCUGAGCUCUGAACAACUAGCACACAUGUCGGCGCCUCCGACUCCUGUCAUCGGCAGUGAAGGUGGAGACAAGAAUGAGGAAGAUUGGUCUGGCGUUCGACUUCAACCUGGAGCCCUGGCGACACUACAUGCCCUUUCUGGGGAUAACGAUAGCUUGCAUGAGCACGAGGGUGAGCACACCGAACAAGUGAUUGAGCUCCCACAAGAACCAGUAUCCGAAAUGCGCCAACAGCCUCUGAGAAUCGUUACGAAUCUCCGCCCGCGGCCACAACGCGUGGCUGCGCUCUCACCCAGCACCCAUCGCCGGUCUCUCGCCGAUCUCACCAAGCUCGACAUUCCCUCUCCAGGGGGCUUUUUUUCCGGUCUUUCUCCACGAACCAGAACUACCUGGCACAUGCCUUCCAGAUCGCCUGAGGAGAUGAUGCCUCCCACAUCCACCACGGCAGAGCAGUUCUACCGCUGCCCAUGGAACAUGAACGCCUCCAUCCCCCCUCUGCCGAUUGCACAGCCCAGGCUCAUCGCCAAUGAGAGCGAUGAGUCUGUCGAGCAGUUCUACCGCAACUCUCUGCCCUCGCCCAAUCUGAUUGUUGAGCAGGUUGUGGAGGUCAGGAACGAGGUCCCUGACGAAGACGACAUGCCCACCGCUAAGCCAAUCGUCCCGACGAUCUUCUCAACUACGUCGAACACAUUGGCCGAGCCAGCUUCGCCGGAGCUUGAUGAUGCGCCAACUGAGAUUGUCACCGUCUAUGACCCGGAGUACGCCCGCAAGCAGCAAGAGGUUGCUCUCUCCAAUCUCGACCGGACUGAGAUGUGGCUCAUGGCUCAGCGCGCAUACCUAAAGCCAGUCGAAGUGGAAAGCGAUGGGGAAGACAACAACACAAACCUCGAUACCAUACCUGAGGUUGUGGACGAAGACGCCGAGAACCUGCCAGAACCAGAAACCGUCACUCUUCCUAUGAAGAAAACUGUUCGCUUUUCCGAGUUUGUGGCCAAGACCAACAUCCCCUGCCGUCUGCCAUCCAAGCUUCUGAGGCAGGAGUCCGCGUACUACCGUGCUUUCCAGGACUACGUCAUCCGCUCCAGCAGACAAGACGUCUUCGUCCACCAACUUCCACGCUUUGAAGCACUGCAGGCUCAGCGUGUCUGCCUCCGGGAGUUUCACCGCAAUCAACUUCUGGGCAAGUACCAACUCAGUGUCGUCCCCCAGUCAGCCAAGAAACGUCUCAGUGCCAACGUCGCCCGUGGCGAUGACAUUCUCAUUGAUGACCCCGAAAAGAUCAAGCGUGAAAAGGAACACGAAGCCAUGUCCCAGAUGGCCAUCUCUGCAUGGCAUGUUGCCGCCAUCAGAAUGUUGAACGGUGGGAAGCUGAUCUCAGCUCCUGUUGCUAAGCGUCUCGCUCGCGUCUCGCGCAUGGCGCCUGGUCGUGAUGGUGUUGCCCGCGACAGAGCUCGAAUUCUCGAUCUUGGGGGACAGUCUACGUGUGACUGGGCAUGGCACUGCGCGCUGCAAUAUCCCAACACCAAAAUUUACACUGUCACAACAAAGACAAUCCGCCAGCUUUCCAACUCCAACGUCCGAGGCCCCCCCAAUCACCGCCAAGUGGCCGUCGAGAGGCUUACUCGCCUCCCCUUCAAAGACGACCAAUUCGACCUCAUCUCGGCGCGUGAGUUGCACAGCAUCCUCAAGUUCGUUGGCGAGAAUGGUGAAGACGAAUGGGAGACGUGCCUGAAGGAGUGCCUGCGUGUCCUCAAGCCAGGUGGCUAUCUUGAGUUUUCUGUCCUCGACUCGGACAUUAUGAAUGCCGGCCCUCUGGGCUUGGCUAAGAGCGUCGAGUUUGGCUUCGACCUCAAAACGUUGGGCUACGAUCCCAACCCUACCAAAAUGUUUCUCGGGCGGCUCUCACGCGCAGGCUUCGACGAGGUCCGCCGGGCGUGGAUGUGCCUGCCCGUAGGCGCGCGUCGCCCUUCACAGCAGCAGGGAAAGCCCCUUCCUUCGCUGCCCGCCCGGGAUAGCCCGACGGGCCAGGAGGUGCGGACGGUGACGAUGGAAGCCAUGGUUACAGGCAGCACCGACGGAAUUGCCAACGUGACGGGCAUUGUUGGCGGUUGGAGCUGGGAGCGCUGGCUGCUGCGCUGCGAGAUGGAAAAGGUCAGCGGUGAGCUGCGGCUUGCCGACAUGGUGACGGAGGGCGCAGCAAUGAGAGAGGCCGGCAAGAGUGUUGAGGGCGUCGCAGCCAUUGUCGAAGAGGGCAGAAGCUGCGGUGCCGGGUGGAGGAUGUUGAGCGGGUACGCGAGGAAGCCUAAAUCCGGCACGGGGCUCAUUUCUGUCGGCAUUGCAGCAUGA